AUGGGAGCCAAUGCAAGGCAAUAUCUGCAGGAGCACAAUAUACCUCAACUUUUUGAGGUUUGUUCAUUUUUAAUAAAGUUUUUUCUACGAAUUGUUCGAAUUUUUUCUAAAUGCUAGGUAAUGCAUCGUAAUUUUUUUUUCAGGGUCUCAUGACAGGCCUGAUAUACAGCAGACCAGACGACCCUGUGGCUUACCUCGAAGAAGCGAUUGCUCGAAUUAGAAACAAUCCGCAUAUUCCUGUUAGCUGGAACAUGUUCAUUCCGAAAAGUGGGUAUUAAGCUUUCAUUUUAAUUAUUAUUUUCAUGAAAACUUCUGAAAGUACUAUUUCUUGUGUUGGAGAAAGAGUGUACUCUGAAAACAGGCUAUAACUCUUGUUGCAAUCUUUCAAGGAGUGCACCAUAGGUAUACUUUAAUCUACGAUAGUUUAUGGAAAUUAGUACAUAAUUAUGGCAGUAUACAUAAUUAUGGCAGUAUACCUUUUUGGCUUUUUCUGAGCCAUAACUUUCUGGUCUCAAAAGAUAAAACUAAUGCUAAGGGUUUGUAAAAAAAAACCAAAUGAGGUAAGAGUUGGUUCGAAAUUGGAUCUCGUGAAGUUGGUGAAAUUUAGAAUUAAGAUGGAGUGAGUGAGCAAGAAAAAAUGAUUUCAAAAAAUUUUGAAGGUUGGUUAAUAUUCUAAGUGGUGUUCUCAAACAUAGUAGACAUCAAGAGGCCUCAAAACGCAGAGGCCUUCCGAGGUAGAAGCUACUGAAAGCUUUUUAUUUGAUUGACAGGGGCUAAUUCAAUUUUUUCGGGUGCCAAAGAUGGUUCUUCCCAAAUAAUUGGCCUGAUACUAUACUCCAUCAAAGAAAAUGUUUCAAAAGCUACCAAGCGUCCAUUUUUGAAUAAAAAAAAACAAAGCCUACUGAAAAAAAGGUUCUAGAAGGGAAAUUUGAAAAAAAAAAGUUUUAUCAAAUAACUAAUAUGAUUUUUCAUAGUUUAUUCCAAAUCAAUUGUACAUUUAGCUUUGAAGAAAGAGUAGAAAGUGGAUGGGAAAAAGUGGCUGCAGAGCACACAAGUGCCUAUUUUGAAGCCUUCGGGACAAUUAUCGCAUCAAUACAUGUCGACAUUUUUCUUUUACCUGGCUCUUCGCCUUUUUCUUUUCAGUUUGCUAAUAAUUCUUUCUUUUGAAAAUAUUUUCUGUUCAAUCUAAUUGCCUCGUUCAGUAUUCAUUUUACCAUGUGGCUUGGCGCGGUGGAGCAUUUCAUGUUCAAAUUAUCAAUAACUUGAAAAAAAUUAUCAAUAACUAAUCGAGUAAAAUUUAAUUUUCCAUAAUUAUCGCAUUGCUCUGUUAUUUUUGCCACUAAGGAGAAAAAAACAAAGAAAAAAAUAAUUUUUUUCAAGUCCAGCAAUGUGUAAAAAAAAAUUCUUGAAAAACGGCUGUUUUCGGCUCGAAAGCAGGAAACGCGAGCACUCAAGCGGGCGCUCGACUGCUUCUAGGACAAGUAACUGGGCAACAUGUUAUGGAAAGUCUAGUAGAUCUUAGAAUUUUUACUAGUACUUGUGAGGACGUUUUUUUAAUCACUUAAUUGUAAAAAAACUCCUUAUAAAAACUUGAUGUCCAAUUAAUCACUUUUUGAGCAAAGACUGACAUUUUUUUAUGUUCGUUUUUUUGUGCACGCAAAAUCUUCGAAAAAAAAUCAAAUUGACUUUUUGGAUUAACAAAUUUGAAUCAUAUUCUUGAUAUUCAAGAAGUUGAUAGACAUCUGUUCUAUAAAAAAACAUUCUUCACAUUUCUUAUUUCUUUUUGAAUAAAAUAUUAAUUUUUGGUUUACAGCAAACGGAAGCCCGAGCGUUGCUCAUAUAACAACAAAUGCGAUAACCGAUACCGUGUGAGUUUUUUUUUUUGACUGAACCUGGGUCUAGUUGUGAAUUUGCACGGUAUAUAAUUUUUUUCUCCACAUCGUGGUGUUAAAUUAUAACUUUAAGUGACGAAGCCGACAGCGACGUUUCGCGAGAGCCUUCUCGCACGAACACCAUCGAACGCAGAAGCCCAGAGCCGAGGCUUCCUUCUGUCGACUCCACGGAAGAUAUGGUUUAAUUGAUAGUGUUUUCAUACUUUGAAUUACGGCUUUUUUUCCCAGGUUCUGCAACGGGUUCCGUCAGUGACGAAAGCCGCAGAAGUUGCCAGAAUUCCCAACGUUCCUGUUAUUUUGUUCAUGGGUGAAUGAAACCACUGAAAAACAAAAUUUUUUCCCAAGUUUCGGUCGAUUUCACAAGUGAACAAGCCCUGGAGUAUUUUUUACUAUUAAAUCCAUCCAACGUUUUUUUGAAAGAAAGUUAUAUGAUUUUGAACUCGAAACCCUUUUAUAAAGCGAACUGUAUACUGGAGCGUCACAGAACUUUUUUCAUCGUGAAUUUAAGGAGGACCUGGCGGAGGCAAGACCCGCCAUGCUGCGAAAGUUGCAAAUGCCUUGGCGGAAAAUGGAUUGGUACACAUUUGUAUGCCAGAUGUGAUACGGAACGCUUUAGGACGGUACAAAGACAAGUACCCUGACUGGAAAGAAGCAAAUGAGCACUAUAUGAGAGGUUUCUUUCACUUUCUACGACUCAAACUUUCAUUGAUUACUAAAAUCAUUCAGGAGAACUGAUUCCAAACGAACUAGCUCUAAUACUUCUAAAGGUACAAUCUUGAAAAUUUCAAAUUCAAAAAAACGAAAAACAAGUUUCAGGCUGAAAUGGGUAGGCAUCCAGAUGCAGGAGCAUUCUUUCUUGAAGGAUACCCGCGAGAAGCUCGUCAAGUGGAAGAUUUUGAGAGACAGGUUGAAUUCGCCUUCUUUCUUUCAUUUGAAACUCUUUCAGGUGAAAUCUGUUAAUAUGGCCAUGAUAUUAGAUUAUGACGAAAAAAACUUUACGAGAUCACAUGGAAAGACGCGGGCUGGGCAUGGAAAUUAUUGACCAAAAAAUAAAGGUGCUGAUUUUAUAUUUCUUGAUUAAAUUCGAUUCAGGAGUUCAAACAAAAAACUUUGCCAUCCGCUAAAUACUUUGACGAUCAGAAGUUGCUUCACCUGGUGAAUAACAAUACAUUGUUUUUAUUUUCAGACUUUUUUGCAGAUUCCCGGAGAGAAAGACGAUUUGACAAUUUAUGAGAAAAUGAAGAAUUUGGUCUUGAGAGCCAUCGACACCGGGGUGCCAGUUCUGAGUAGCGUUCCUCCAAGCCAAAGCGGUUCGAGGCCCCCAACACAAAAAGUACCCUUCUUGUUCUUUAUCUCCAUCUUUGGAGGCUUUUUUAGUCUUCAACUCUAGCAUCUCCCCCAGUUGAGCAUCCUGUAGAGAUACCAUUGCCUGAAGUUCGAACGGAAGCUCCAACUCCACAAUUACGACAGCCAAGUUUUUCAGACGCCCCAGAGACAGUUGAGGUCACGAAUACAUGACUAGAAAGAGAAACAAUUUUGUCUUUCAGGAAAUCCAUGUACCUUCGGCAAGUUUCCCUUUUAUUACUUUAUUCAAGUUUUACUGUUUGUCAAUAGUCAUUUUAGCCUCCUGUCGUGGACCCACCUUCUUCCAGUCCAAAAUCUCCAGGUUGAAAUGUUCCAAAAUUCUUAUUUUUCGAAUCAUGAGCGUUUAGAAUCUCAUCCGUCAACUCCUGCUGUCCAAACGCCCGAUUCUCAGAGUUAGUUGACUUUUCAUUGGUUCUUGGAAACUUUCUUUCAGGUCGGAAAAGCUCAGCAGCACAGUCCAGAAAGUCUACAGCUGCGAGCAGAAAACAAGUUAACGGUAUUUUUUCGCUUCCAUUUUUUAAAAAUCAACUUUUGAAACUGAAAAGGAAUAAUUGGCAGAAGACUGUAUUAAGAAAUACCCUCGCCACCUGUGAUCCCGAUGUUGGACCUUCCAAGCGAAGACGGUAAAAAAUAAUGAGCGCAUGGUGUGAAAAUUGCACGUUUAGAGAAUGGAGUAAAAUUUUCAAAAGCUUCGUUUGAGAGAAUGUUUUGCUUGAAGAGCUUGAAGUAUUUUUUAAAUAGGGCGAAUUCUUAUUUUCAUUUUUGAAUUGUUUUUCAAUGUCCUAUUUUUCUGUCGACUUAUCGAAAAUUUCGACACUUUCUUUGCACUUCAGUUUGAAUGAUUCAAUUCAUUUGAUUACAACCAGAAUUUUUCAGGGAGUCAAGACAGAAUUUCAACUACUUCCGGAAAUGAUGAACCACUCUCGCCAUUUGAACUUCCAAAUAAUGCUCCUGUAGUUUUGGUCGUUGGUGAGAACUUACAGACAUCCCUUCUACCGAACGGAAAAAAUUCAGGCGCACCGGGGUCUCAGAAAAACGAUAUUGCUAAGAGAAUAGCGCAGAAAUACGAUGGUUUGAUAUUUUCAAAAAAAUCUCAGUUUUUUCUGAUUCAGGGUUCACACUUUUGUCAAUGGGAGAUCUACUGCGGAAAAAAGUGCAGACUGAGAAAGAUGACGAAUUAUGGAAAAAAGUGGGGAAGAAAAUGAACGAAGGAGAUCCAAUACCUAUGGUCGGUUACUAAUAUCCUUUAAAAUUUAAAGUUCUGUGAUUCAGAAGCUGGCUCGCACAGUUCUUUACGAUGAAAUUGAAUCACUUGGGAACGCAAACUGGGGCUACGUCAUCGAAGGCUACCCAAGAAGUAUGGAACAGCUUGAGGAUUUCGAAAAAUCGGUUGGGCUUUUUCUGCCAUGCUCAUAGUUUCUUAAACUUCAAUUUGAGGUUCAAAGACUCGAUAUUGGAAUCCUGAUAGACUGUACAGAACAGUUUUGUUUGGAUGUCGUGCAGAAACGGAUCGAAAGAGCACACAGACCUGGUUACAUUCUUGGGAAUCGAAUAUUCUGGAAAACCAAAAGCAGUUCAGAUGAUGCUCCGGAACCUCUUCGGGUCAGGAUGGAGACGUUCAAGAAAAAUACGCUGCCCAUGUUGAAAGCCCUGGAUGAUAAAGGCAAAUUGCGAGUGGUGAGAUAUCCGCACGACAGGGUAUGCUUCUUCUAACUUUCCUUUUCGAUCAAUUUUCUAAAUGUAAAUUAACAUCAUUCUUCAGUUUUGACAGCUUCUACACUAAAAAAAUAACUGGAAAAUUGAAUUUUAUGAGGAUUUGUAGAAACUUAGCCCAGAAACUUUAUGACGAAUACUUAUAGCCACAUCAAUUUUUUAAAAUUUCUUCAGACAUAUUUGCAAACCGUCCUGCUCGAAAGGCGCCAAUAUGCCUCUUUUUCUUGCAUAAACUUUUAGCCAAAACCAGUUGGUCGAACUCCCAAAGCUCGUAUUUUUUCCGCUACUUUUGAAAGCAGAACUCUAACGCAUGUAUCAUUUUUUUUUUACUAACUUCUUCGCAUGUAUUCACUGUCUUUCUCUUCCUUAGCAUGAAUACUUUGCCUAAGAGCAUGAAACAACGCUUUUCCUUCAUGAGGAUGGGAAUUCUCCAAAAAUUCAUAGACAGCAUUAAGGUGGACGGAGACUCGGACGCGGACACCGUUUUCAAAGAUGUUGCUCAAGUUAUCGAUAGAGCUUUAUUUAUUGAAGGUAGGAAAAUGGAUCAGUAAUUGAUUUCCGUUCGAAUAAAGUUUUUUUCUUGUUCUAAUCAUCGGAAUAAAUUUUCUGAAUAAAGCCAUGAAGUGUGAAAGCUCGAAAAAGUUAAAUUAUUUUCAGAUGACGGCGACGGUAACAGUUUAGGCGAUUCGAAAAAAAGGAGCCCUCUCACAACCCUCUGCGACCACAUAAAACCUCAUUCUUUCAGUUUAAAAUUUGAUUUUCGUUAUUUAUAUCUUUGAUAUGGUCUUGUAGAAGAGCAUCUUACAAUAUGCAGUAUAUGUAUAUUUUUUUUUUGGAGAAUAAACUUUUAUUUGCCACAAGACUUCAAUCUUGGUACGAGAAUUGUAUUUGAUCAACAAACGUGAGAAACAAGAGAAGACGUGAACUUGUUUCUUGUUCAACUGAACGAUUUCUCAUCAUUCUUUGAGUUUAUCAAGUGACUUCGAUUUAAAAAAGAAUGUUUCCUUCUAGUUCGUUGUACACACUUACAGUUUUGCGCGUAAUUUUUCAAAUUUUUUAAACUAGGGGAGUCGAUUUGCUGUUUUAGGGUAAUCGACAUUCUAUGCUAGGUAGUUUGAAAGCACCAAAUUUCAAUACUCCAUAAUUGAAAUGUGAAUAUCAUAAUGAUUUAGGUUCUUUUAUUUACUACUUUGGGAGACUCGUUAUUGUUUUCGUUGCUUUUUGUUCUUCACAGAGGAAGUUUGAAUAGUCCAGCUUUAAAAUUUGCCGUCUAGAAAGUUUGAUCAAAGGAAAAGAAAAUUUCCCCUCGAUGGUUAUUCUGACCACCUUCUGAUUCGGACAAAAAAGACGAAAAAAUGUUUGGUAAAGAGUCAUCAACUUGGAUUUUGAAAAAUUGCGCACAAUGAACUUUAAAACUCUUUUCUCUAAAAGUUCCGAAGACAUGGUUCAAAAAAGAAAGAUUUCUACGAGAAAUCUUUCUUUUUUCAUAACUGAUAUUCUUAUAAUAAUUGAUCCAACUUGAAAAAAAAAAUGAACGUAAGGGAGGCGUAUGCGGUGCAUAGUCAUCAAAGCGUGUUUGCGGUCUGUGUUGCCGCACAACUUGACUCUCAAUUUGCUAAACUUCUUGUUAUUAUUAAGUGAAAACAAUUUUUAAGUUGCGUUUUCAUUUUUCUCACUUUCAUUAUUCAUUUAUAAUAAUAAUUUUUCAAAAAGGUUAUCAUUUCCAUUUGGCGUAUAAGCGAUGGGAUUUCAAUGAUUUUUCUCAAAAAAACUUUUGUGUUUUUUUCAAGUAUCAUAAGCCUUAUUUUUCAUUUUUCUUUUUAAAACGCUUUUUUCUUUUUUUUCCAUGUAUAAUUUAUCUACAUGAAUCGAAUUAGAGCAUUUCAUUGGCAUAGUAAAAUUAAAUUUUCAGGCGAACCAAAUGGCAGACCGCGAAUCGAUUGGUAGCGAUGCGACUGCGCUGAUUGGCAAUACGCCAAUGGUCUACAUUAACAAGUUGGCCGCUGGAUUGCCCGGCAAAGUCGGUACGGAUGUGACUAUUUUUUUAAAAUGAAAAUAAUCGCAGCUGUAAAACUGGAGUUCAUGUCGCCUGCAGGAUCGGUCAAAGAUCGCAUUGGCUACGCCAUGGUUAAAGCAGCUGAGGAUGAGAAAAAAGUGAGCGAUGUCAUUUUUUCAGAAGUUCAGUUUGGUCUCCAAAAUCAGAUUGCAACAAGUUUUUUCAAAAGCAACGUCAAAAUAACUGGAACUUUUGGAAAAAAAAUUUUCGUGACGAUCAUAAUCUCCCAGAAAACUUUUCUAUCAUAUGAACUCAAUAUCAGAUCAAAAAUUACCGACCUGUCUAGUAAGAUUUGAGUGUUCCGGAAACGUCAAAACCAUUUUUUUUCAAGAAAAAUUAGAACAGAACUUUUAUUCCUCACAACUCGACGAAAAACAUGCGUUUUCUUUUUAAGGGAAAUCUUGCCAGCAAACUUAGCAAGUUUUCAUUCUUUUGUCAAAAUUCAAUAAACUAACUUGAAGUUGUUUGAUUUUUAGAGUGAGGUUUUACAAACUGGCAAUACACUCUGGGAUUAUUAUACUCAAAAGUUUUCAGAUUAUUCCUGGAGUAACGACUUUGAUUGAGCCGACAUCUGGAAACACGGGAAUUGCCCUGGCUUUUGUCGCAGCCGCAAGAGGAUAUCGGUGCAUUGUGACAAUGCCUGCAUCAAUGAGCGUCGAACGUGUUUGUUUUAUUUUUCGCGAUAAAAAAGGGGAAAAAUAAAAAAUGUUAUCUGUUUGGGAAAGUGAAAGAAUAGAACUAUUUUUAGGAGAGUUGGCUUUCUAUAAACUAAAUUUUCCUUAAAAAAUACUUUUUAAAAAAAUUUACGCAGUAUCAUUUAUUCUAAUCAAUAGAAGUUCCUUUUUUGAAUAACUCAUUCACGAAACUUACAGAGAACCUUGCUCAAAGCUUAUGGCGCCGAAGUCGUCUUGACGGAUCCCGCAAAAGGAAUGAAAGGCGCCAUAGAACGUGCAAACCAGUUGAAAGAAAACAUCCCCAACUCUUUUAUUCUGGCUCAGGCAUACAUUUGAGAAAAACUUUCAAUCAUAUUUUUGCUCUAGUUUGAUAACAUGAACAAUCCAGCAAUCCACUACCAAACAACUGGCCCAGAAAUUUGGCGUCAGACCAAGGGCAAGGUUUUUCCAUUAAAUUUUCAAAAAAGGUUUGUUUUCACUCAGGUCGAUGCAGUUGUUUUUGGAGUUGGAACUGGUGGCACGAUCACAGGUGUCGGAAAGUUCCUUACUGAGCAAAAACCGUCUGUCCAGGUUUUUUUUUCGUACAAAAUCUGAAAUUGAAAACAUUCUCAAGGUCUUUGCGGUGGAACCCGAAGAAUCGGCUAUUCUUAGCGGACAUCCGGCUGGUCCUCACAAAAUUCAAGGUGAGUUUAGUUGAAUAAAAGUGAAUGAAGUUUGUUGGACUCCAGGUAUUGGUGCUGGAUUUGCCCCAGGUGUCCUCGACACAAAGAUUUUUGAAGAUGUAAUUCGCGUGCACAGCGACGAAGCCAUUGUCAUGGCUAAACGUAUGGCUUACGAAGAAGGAAUUCUUUUGCGGUAAAUUUUUUUCUCAGAAAAAAAUUCAAAAUAAAAAAAUUUUGACAUUCCCAGUAGUACGAAUUUUUUUCUGAAAGCGCAGUUUUUAGUAAAAGCUUGCGAGUUUUGAAAAUACAGCUUUUCUCGCAAAAAAAAAAAUGCAAACUCUGUUAUGUUCUUUAUUAAACAUUUACUCGACCCAGCCAAAAAUUAAAUGGGAGGCACAGAAUUUUCAAGGAAAAUUCCUGAGUUUAAAAAUGACUCCUAAGGCUAUUGUAUUAUCAAAUUUUAUGAGGGUUCUCAGGUAUCUCUUCCGGUGCUAACGUCGUUGCUGCGCUCCAACUCGCAGCUCGUCCAGAAAUGAAUGGGAAGUUAAUCGUCACUGUCCUUCCGAGCUUUGGCGAACGCUACUUGUCAGUUUUGAAAUUUCAAGAGCUUUUAUUCAUUUUUCUUCUUCGUAGAUCGUCAGCUUUGUACACUGACGUUCGUGACGAGGCCAUUGGUCUUGGAGUUGAAGGUCUGGACGAGAAUCUUAAACAGCUCAAGCUCCACGAGUACGAGGUGAUGGAGUAAAAGACCGUUCAAUCGCUUCCUUUGUUUCUGCACGUGUCCGUUCACAUAUCCCUCUCUUUGCUUCUUGACUCUUUUGUUUUUGAAAAAUAAAACGAAUAAAGUUUUCCCAGUAAGGCAUCUGGAAAAAAAAAAACGAAAUUUUGCUAUUUGAACGCUUUUAAAUUAUUUUGGUUAUUCGCCGUUUUCUUGCUUUUUUGAUGUCUUCUUUUAAAGUUUAACUUCGUCUAUUUCUUCUGCCGAAAAAAUUCACAAAAUGAUGACCCAAAAUCUUCAAAAAUGACAGAUUUUUCAAGAUCAAAAUUCACCCGCUUCGUCUCCCCCUGUCUAUUUUUCAGCGCUUGUUAAUAAUUCGCACAUUCGCAACUAAAAUCGAAUCUUUUUCAGCACAAUUCGCAGAAAUGA